UCCAUCUCUUCCGGAUCGAUACUCUCGAAGCCGAAAGAUUUUUUGGGUUCACUCGCAAAUUGAUUAACCAAUCUCCAAUCAAAUUACUGAUCAAACAAUCUUCAGUCGGAGGUGUUGAUUAAGCAAUCAGAACAACUAACCAGAGAUUCUGAUCUCCAUCUGAUGGUAAUUUCUCUAUCGAUAGUCCCGCAGAAACAACCGCCGGGUUCUGCUUCUACCACUCCGUUGUUCGUCGUCGAUGAAGCACCUCUCUCUGACGAUGUCACUGUCGUCAAGUCUUCCUCUUUUGUUUCUGAAAUCGGAGUUUCUUCACACCGUGAGUCUCACACGUUUUCCGUUGAUACCAAUAUUGCAGGUGCAGGAACUGCAGAUUUUGAUGGUGCCAACCUUACUCCUCAUGUACUGACGAUUUUGAUGGUGCCGGAGAGGAUGUGACAAUGAAGAUAAUGACAUUCUCUCCUCCCUGCAUCAACCAAACAGAACUUCACAUGUGAAAUCAAAGGGAUAUAUAUAGUUUCCAAUGUUUGUUCAUUUGCUAAAGAAUUUGAUAAAAGAUUGGAAGUUUUAUUCCUGUAGUUUCAUAGUUUCAACCUUCUCACAUUCUUACAAUUUGUGAGCUAGUGCUUUCUGGCCUGAGUUAUCUUUGGUUUGACUAUGUUAAAACUUGGAAAGAUGAGUAGAACAUUUUUCUUGUGCAGAAUAUAAGUUGCGAGUGACGUGAAAGCUGGAGAUAUUAAGGUCCUCUUUGUGAAGCCUCUGAAGCCGAAUGCAGUCAUCAGCAAAAUGUGAGAGGGUGGAUUUGGUGGGAGGAUACUACGAUGCAGGGGAUAAUAUGAAAGUUUGGAUUCCCAAUGGCAUUCACAACCACAAUGCUCUCCUGGAGUUUAAUUGAGUUUGGUGGUCUCAUGAAAUCUGAGUUACCAAACGCUAAAGACGCAGUUCGUUUAAAACUUUGGGAAACAAAGUGGUUUAAAUGUAAGCGUUUUGAUAGGUUGGUGAUCCUAACUUGCUUCAGGGGUUCGUUGUUGGUUGUGACAGUGGAACUUGUAGGUCCUUUGGAGUUUGGUUGCAUAAUCGGUUCGUAGAUAUGUGUAGAGGGGUUCAGAUUCUUUAGAAGAGCAAAAUGUUUUCUUGUACCCUUUACC